CGCCGACGUAAUACGCAGAACAUGAACUGAAGAGGCGUUCGUAGUACCUUUGUCCAAGCUAUCCAAACGCGAAAAUCCCAUAAAUGGACAGGGGGUCAAAGAGGCGGCAGGUGAAGCCUUUGGCUGAUUCUCUGUUGGAUGCUCUGGACUAUGACAGCUCAGAUGACAGUGAUUUUGAAGUAGGAGAUGCAUCAGGUUCAGAGGGCACCGGCAAUGGGAGUGAUGAGGAGGGCUCAAAAGACAGUGCUGCAGGAUCUGAAAGCGACUCAGACGCCAUUGGCUCAGCCGACGAAGAGGGCAUAGAUGAGGAAGAGACUAAAGAUUUAAAUGAAGACACUGAAGAUGAGAAAGCCAAGGAACAGACUUUCUUAGAGGAAACCAGCAGCAAAGAAACAGGGGGAACAUCCAGGAACCGCAAGAAAGGAGAGAAAGCCUUAGACACAGAACCAGACGGUAGUGGUACUGCCGAGGAGGGCCCGGCAGGGCCUAAAAAAUGGAACUUGCGUCGAAAUCGGCCAAUGCUGGACUUCACUACGAUGGAAGAGCUAAAUGUAGUUGAUGAUUAUGACAGUGAGGAUGAUAAUGACUGGAGACCCACUGGAAAAAAGAAAGGCAAGGCAUCUGGUAAAGAGAAAGGAGGAAGUGAGGAAGAGGAGGAUGGAGGUAGAAAUGAAGACGACAAUGAGGAUGAUGAGAAUGAGACCAGUAGCAGUGAUGAUAGUGAGGAAGAAGAAAAGAAACCAAAGAGGAAGGCAGGCAAGAACACAGGUUCAUUUGAUGAAGAGGAGACCAAUGACAGCCACAGCACAUCCCAUGGGAAGGGCAAUGAGGACUCUCUCUUGGAGCGGCCCCAGACAUGGAGCUCCCAGAGGAUGGAGCACAUACUUAUCUGCUGUGUGUGUCUGGGAGACAACAGCGAAGAUGCAGAUGAGAUCAUCCAGUGUGACAACUGUGGCGUGACCGUGCAUGAAGGUUGCUAUGGUGUCGAUGGUGAAAGUGACUCAAUCAUGAGCUCUGCCUCGGAGAACUCAACGGAACCAUGGUUUUGUGACGCUUGCAAGAAUGGCGUCACGCCCAGCUGUGAACUUUGCCCGAGUCAGGAUGGAAUCUUCAAGGAGACUGAUGCUGGGAGGUGGGUGCACGUGGUGUGUGCCCUUUAUGUUCCAGGGGUCGCUUUCGGAGAUAUCGACAAACUGCGGCCAGUAACACUCACAGAAAUGAACUACUCAAAGUAUGGAGCCAAGGAGUGCAGUUUGUGUGAAGAUGCACGUUUUGCUCGCACAGGCGUCUGCAUCAGCUGUGAUGCUGGAAUGUGCCGCUCAUUCUUCCAUGUGACGUGUGCUCAGAGGGAAGGGCUGCUCUCCGAAGCUGCUGCUGAAGAGGACAUUGCUGAUCCAUUCUUUGCCUACUGCAAGCAGCAUGCAGACCGUUUUGACAGGAAAUGGAAAAGGAAGAACUACCUGGCACUGCAGUCCUACUGCAAAGUGUCCUUGCAAGAGAGAGAAAAGCAAGUCACACCUGAAGCUCAGGCUCGAAUCAACACACGACUCCAGCAGUACAGGGCGAAGGCAGAGCUGUCUCGAAACACUCGACCGCAGGCAUGGGUGCCCCGAGAGAAGCUUCCCCGUCCACUCACUUCCAGUGCUUCCGCCAUCCGUAAGCUGAUGCGUAAAGCCGAGCUCAUGGGUAUCAGCACGGACAUCUUCCCUGUGGACACGUCCGAUACCAGCGCAAGCAUGGAUGGCCGCCGUAAACAUAAACAGCCCGCCCUCACUGCAGACUUUGUUAACUACUACCUGGAGCGGAACAUGAGGAUGAUUCAGAUCCAGGACAACAUUGUGGAACAGAAGAACCUCAAAGACAAGCUGGAGACCGAGCAGGAGAAGCUGCACAUGGAGUACAAUAAGCUGUGUGAGUCUCUGGAGGACCUGCAGAAUGUCAAUGGCCGUCUGAGGACCGAGGGCCAAGCCAUAUGGAGCAUGAUGGGAGGGAUCCUUGGACAGAAAUUGAACUCUCCUUCAGUCCUGAAGGCUCCCAAAGAGAGAAAGCCAAACAAGAAAGAGGGAGGAUCACCUGGAAAGUCAUCCAACCUCCCAGCUGUACUCUACAGCUGUGGAAUAUGUAAGAAAAACCAAGACCAGCACCUUUUACUGUUGUGUGAUACCUGUAAACUUCACUACCACCUGGGCUGCCUAGAUCCACCUCUCACACGCAUGCCGAAGAAGACCAAAAACAGCUACUGGCAAUGCUCUGAGUGUGACCAGGCCAGCAGUGAUGAGGCGGAUAUCGCCAUGGAGACACUACCAGAUGGAACCAAAAGGUCCAGGAGGCAGAUCAAGGGACCAAUCAAAUUUAUCCCUCAAGAAAUGAGCCCAGAGCCCAAAAAGCUCCAAUUGAGAGGGACUAGAACCAGAGGCCAGAAGAGGAAACGAACGUCCAUCUGCGAGGAGGAGAAGAUUGAGGAACCUUCACCACGGGAGCGAAGACAGAGGCAGUCUAUUCUGCAGAAAAAGCCCAAAGCCGAUGACACGCGGACCGAGUGCACCACCUGCAAGGGCCCGGGUGACAAUGAAAACCUAGUGAGGUUGUGAGAGCCGGGCACCACCUCCUCCACCCUUCCCUAGAAAAGGACAGAUGAGAGAGAGAGACAGGGAGAAAGAGAGAGCGAGAGGCAAAUUAACUGGUUUGAAGAGCGGCGUUUCGGGUCGAGGAGGAGUCGCAGAUGGCCACUUCUGACCGCCACCUUCGACCGUCCUCUGCCCAAAGCGGACCGCGCCAUGGACUUGAUCAUGGUUAAACGAUGGUCCGACUAUCAUAUGUGGACUAACUAAAAAAAAAAAAAAAAAAAAAGUUUAAAUUGCAUUUGCAAAGGGAGAAAAUCGGCCCUCAUUGGAUAUUAUAGAAGGCCUUUUUAUGGACUCUAUGUGAGGAUUAUCAGUUAGCCAGUUUGAAGGCACAUACACACCUAUAGGGCUGCUAAACGGUUCUUUCUGGAAUACGUGAACAGUGACACUGGUUUGGGGAUCAUGUACUGUAUUGCACUGUGGAUUAAGCCGGAUCUCGGAUUUUGAGCUUUUUCACCAUUUUAGCAAGCUGUCUUCAGGUCCAAUUCCUUUUGGGCCUCCAGGACUUGCAUUUUGUUUUCAAAGUCUUUUUCCUCUGUUUCUUUCACACACUGACUGUACAAUACUUUACACCUCCCUCUCUCUGAGCUUAACUACUGAUCACAUGACCUAAUCAACUGUGUUGACUGAGUCAAAUAUGGUUCUGAAAGCUAAUUGUGUCUUCUGUUUUUAUUGCUUUUUGUUAUGAAUGGUCUUAAUGCUACUGUUUCUUUGCUGUCUUUUGCUUGUGUUGUGCGAAAUAUAUGGUGAAAAGUCAUUAGAUAGUAGAAAUGUUUUAUUUUAUUUUUUAUUUUUUUUAUUGUAUUGUAUUGGAAAUUUUUACUAGUUGUGGUUGUGUAAUAUAGCUCAGUAUAGCUCAAUAUGAUAAUAUCCGUACUUACACUGUAGUUGUUACUGUAGCAUCACUAAUAAUAGCGUGAAUCUCACGAAAACAUGUCCGGGUCAAAUUAAUAUAAAAAAAUGGAAAUUCUAUUUAGUAUAAAUAAAAUGAAGCCUCUUUCAGGAGCAUUUCGAUUUUUUGCUUUGUGACUUUUACAUGACAGAAUUUACAUGACAGUUUAGCACAUUUUCUUUAAUGUAAUGGGUCAAUACUUUUUACUUUUGAGUGUAAGUUGCAUUAUUCUCAAUGAGACUCGUUUAAUUCUCACUACUGCAAUGUAGUAAUUUUUAACAUUUUAAAUUAAAGGCAAUAUAAAAAACAAUGUAUUAAUAUUACAUAUAAAAAAUAAUGAAUAUUUUUUUUUUUAAUCAUUUAUUUUAUUUUAUUUUUUCAUUUCACUAAUUAAAAUAUAAGGCUUUUUUAUAUAUAUAAUGUCACAAUACAAAAAAUCUUUAAGUCUUUAAAUAGACUUCUCAUUUUUUCUUUCUAAUUUUGGGGAGAAAUACGACCUGGACAUGUUCUUGACAGGUUUCAUGAGAUUUACGCAAUAAGGCAAGUUGUAGAAUGCUAAAACUCGUUAAUUAAUUGUGAAAGUAGGCUGUUUUGGUAUUUUGGCUUGACAGUAACUGUAUAUUUUGCAGUGGCAAAAAGACAUCCUUACACACUUUGGAAACUCCUUAUAGCAUCUGAACCCCAAACCCUCCUUCCCAUUCCCUCAUACCACAGUGGAUUGCACUGUUGACAGCCUUGCUGCCUCAUUCCGUGGCAGGAUGUCGGGCAGAUGACAUCUGAUGCCCCAAACUUACCACUCUGACAGUACCCUGUGGCUCCUAUCCUCAUGCCAUGGGGAACAGCCUUGCCCCUCAGUUCCUCUCAAGCUGCUUACUCGCACUGGUGUAGACACAACACUUCCUUCACUGGGAUUUGCACAUCUCUCCACUCUGGUUGACUUCAGCUGCCCUUUAACCUCUUACCCUCUCUGUAUCUUUAGCCAGAGCUUUAUCUGUCUUCUCUACUGUGGUCUUGUCUAGCUCACAGCAUACUGUGUAUAAGUGUUUGUCAGGGCACUUACUGCAUCUGCUUUGCCGAGAUAAUGCUGCAAGAUGGAGCCUGUUAGAUUACAGGUUACCUGUAGAAUCGUGUGAUGUUAGCUUACCAAAGUAUAGAGCUCUUUUGCCUUUUUUUAAAAUGUGUUUCUGGCAUAAGCCAUGCUGCCAUUUUUGUUCCAAAUAGUUUGGGAUGGAAAAGUUCAUUUGUACUUGAAUAUUUUUAAUUUGAACUCUUUAUGAUUAUUAUUAUUUAUUUAUUUAAUGUAAAUAUGUGACAUUUUAAUUUAUUUUUUUAGCUUCUUGGUUAAUGUUUAAAUGUGACCUAAAAUGAGAUUAUGUCCUGUGAAUAUGCAGUAUGUUCGUUGCCAUUCAUCUUUUUGGGUAAGUGUGCUUUUAAGACAGAGGCGUUUGUGUCAUGCAAGCAUUAAUAAACAUUUGACUUUUUCA